AUGUCCAACAACACACCAAAACCCAGCCCAAAAACCCCCACAGACCUAGGAAUCCUCCAGGCCUCCCACUCGCACCUCUCCACGGCAGCCCAGCUCCUCGACGGCUUCGUCCACCGCAACAAGAACCAGCACCGCGGCACGCGAUGGUGGGGGCCCUUCGACAUGCUGCGCCGCAGCGUGCGCAAGCUCGCGCCUGACCUGGGGGACGCGGUGCAGCGCGCCGAGUACCUGUCAUCAUCAUCUUCCGUCGUGCCUGCGACAAAGCGGAGGAAACCCAACGACAAGGGGGCCGUGGCGAAGCUGCCGGGGCUGGAGCGGGUCGAGGCGAGGGCGCAGUGGGUGCAUGAUGUGGCCGUCGUCAAGGCAUAUGAGGCAUUCACGCAGCUCCUGGCGGACAGGCAGUUCGCCCAGCUGGGCCUGAUGCUCAUCGGCGUGCUGGCGCAGGUGGAGGCGGCCGUCGCCCCAUUCGUGAGGCCCGCCGAGCCGGAGGAGGGCGUUGAUGAGACCGAUGCGGCCGGGCCGGCCCCCGUGCAACAGGUGAGGGUAGCCGGCAUUGCCGCCAAGGGCGGUGGCGUGCCGCCUCCGGUGGUCAGGGGCGUUGAGCAGGAGGACGACCUGGGAGUAGCCAUCUCGAGAGACGAGCUCGGCGACGAUGACGACGAUGGGGAAGGCGACGGCGGUGUUGUCUCGAGGCCCCGGUAUUCGUCACCACCACCACCCAAGCACGCGCCUAGCAAGGAGAGGAGGCCCGAGAAGGGCGAGGGCAAAGGGAAGAAGCGGUCCAGGACGGAGGAUGCUGGGGCAUCUAGGAUAGGCAAGUCAGAGAAGCCGACACGGCCGGAGUCAUCGAAGGAGGAGAAGAAGGCCAAGAAAAAGAAAAAGAAGAAAGGAGGCGAUGAGUUUGACGACCUGUUCAGCUCUCUCAUGUAG